CGCGGGAGAAGUGGUGUCCAGUAUCGCUUUGUUUUCCAAACUGUGCACCCGUCUUCCCUCCUUCCUGCCUAACCUGACUUCCUCCUGGAAGGGAGAUCCCUGAGGAGUCCGUCUAGCCGCGUUCGGACAAAGGAUUUCGAGAAACCCAGGACUGAAGUUACCUUUUUCAUUCUUUCAGCCCUACCGCGGCACCUCCCUCCAUGGCAGUUCCCGAGGCCCGCCCUAACCACACUAUUUAUAUCAACAACCUCAAUGAGAAGAUCAAGAAGGAUGAACUGAAGAAGUCCCUGUAUGCCAUCUUCUCCCAGUUUGGCCAGAUCCUGGAUAUCCUGGUGUCACGGAGCCUGAAGAUGAGGGGCCAGGCCUUUGUCAUCUUUAAGGAAGUCAGCAGCGCCACCAAUGCUCUGCGCUCCAUGCAGGGAUUCCCCUUCUACGACAAGCCCAUGCGCAUCCAGUACGCCAAGACCGACUCGGAUAUCAUUGCCAAGAUGAAGGGCACCUUUGUGGAGCGAGACCGUAAGCGGGAGAAGAGGAAGCCCAAGAGCCAGGAGACCCCAGCUGCCAAGAAGGCCGUGCAGGGUGGGGCAGCCGCCCCUGUGGUGGGGGCCGUCCCGGGGCCUGUGCCGGGCAUGCCACCAAUGACUCAGGCGCCCCGCAUCAUGCACCACAUGCCUGGCCAGCCUCCCUACAUGCCACCCCCUGGCAUGAUCCCACCUCCAGGUCUCGCACCUGGCCAGAUCCCACCGGGAGCCAUGCCCCCACAGCAGCUUAUGCCUGGCCAGAUGCCACCUGCUCAGCCUCUUUCAGAAAACCCACCAAAUCACAUCUUGUUCCUCACCAACCUGCCAGAGGAGACCAAUGAGCUCAUGCUGUCCAUGCUUUUCAACCAGUUCCCUGGCUUCAAGGAGGUCCGGCUGGUCCCAGGGCGGCAUGACAUUGCCUUUGUGGAGUUUGACAAUGAGGUUCAGGCAGGGGCCGCUCGUGACGCCCUACAGGGCUUCAAGAUCACCCAGAACAAUGCAAUGAAGAUCUCCUUUGCCAAGAAGUAGCGCCUUUUCCCCAUGCCUGCCCCUACCCCUGGUUUGGGGGCCUCCCCUCUUCCCCUUGGCUUGGCCCCCUGAAGGUAAGUCCCCCUCGGGGGCCUUCUUGGAGCCGCAUUUGUGAGUGAGUGGUCACACAGCAUUGUACCCAGAGUCUGGCCCCAGACAUUGCACCUGGCGCUGUUAGGCUGGAAUUAAAGUGUUUUUUGAUGUUUGAUUUUCUACAAGGAUUUGUUGUUUGUAUUUUCUUGUCCUCUGUGGUUCCCUUUUCUGCAUAUCAGAGUAGCCUGAAUAAAUUUUUGGACCUCUCA